CGGAUGAGCCCAGGAUCCGCUCGAACGUAGCGGCUGGCUGAAAUAUAGGGCCCCUGCUGACGCUGUGCGAGGACGACGAGGCUGGGGAAUAUGCAAAGGGCAGAGGGCACCUCGCCAUGCCUGUGGCGCACGCAGAAUUUAGACCCGCCACGUCCCACCGAAUCGGCAGCAGACACUUGUGCGUGCGAGGGGCGCUCAUAAAGUGGACUCUCGCCGAAUCCUCCUCCUGCUCCUGCUGAUGCUGCUGCUGGUCCCGUCGCGCCAUCAUCCUCUCAUCGAUGCAGACGAAGACGAAGACGAAUACGAAAGAAUCUGAGCCGGGCCGAUCGGCUCUACCCUUCCUCCUCCACUUCGUCCGGUUCUCGCCGCUGGCACUCGGUCCAUCAUCAGGACACACGUCGCUAGACAAGAACAAGAUCCGCGAGAGCAGCAGAGCGCGAGCGAGCGAGAUCGAGCUUGGAAAAUCUGCACAAAUUCCCCACGGGCUCGCGUUUCUUCUCCUCCUUCUUCUUCUUCAUCUUCUCCGCAUCCGAAUUUAAGUUGUUGCUGCCGAUGCCCGAAAUGGGUGUGCGGUCGACUAGCAUGGCGGUGGCUUCCGUCCUGUCCACGCCUGAGGCUGCGGCCGCUGAUUUGCACCCGAGCACAGGGCCGAUAAUAUUAUAUUAAUGGAGUCCUGCGGCCACGGCUGGCAGACGAAGCACGGAAAGGGGAGAGGGCGAGGAGGCAGUGCAGGCGGAGAGAUGGCGCUGGAUCGGCAGAGGGGAGCUGCAGCCAUUGCUAUUGCUGCUGCGGGAGCCGGAGCCUGGUGAAGUGCAGGGGCCGGGGCAGUGGCUCGCGGUAGAUCAGAGCAGGAAAGAGCAGAGCAGAGCAGAGGAGAGGAGAGGAGAGGGAGAGGAGAAUAAGAGAUCGGGUGGGGGGCAUUGGCGGAGGCUGCAAGCCAUGGAUCCCCUGGACGAGGCGAUCAAGCUGGUGGUGCUGCUGCGCGAUGUGGAGGCGGUGUGCGAGAAGAAGCGCCACAGCGCGGAGGCGAUGCGCGAGCUCGGGCUCUUCGUCGGGAGCCUGAAGCAGGCCUUCGAGUUCUUAGAGAGGCGAGAGAUUCUUAUUGACAAUUUUGAGCCCCGGGGCCCCAUGGAUGCGUACUUUCUUAAGCAGUUCGAGUCGAGGCAUUGUUUCCAGGAUCUGCGAUGCGCCUGCGAUAGCCUCGUGCAGGUUCUUAAAGUGCCCCGCAGCCUCUGGAACAUGGCCACCUUAAUCCAGAGGCUCAGAAGCCUUCGCGUCAGCGUCGUCACAUCCGUUCAGACCAACAUGCACGUCGAUCUGGCGAGCUACGAGGAGAGACGGCAAGAAGAGGAGGAUGCGCAGAGGAAGCGCCAGGAGAUGCCCAAGAAUAUUCUACAGGCGCAAGGGGCGCUCAAAGCCUUCCCGCAUUCCGUCCGGCGCAACUUCAGCUCCUUCGGCGCAGGAAGCCACCCGCUCGCGCCCCCGGAGCUGCUUCUGCGCUCCCUUCCUGCGCCGGCGCAGACGAGCCGCGCGACGGAGCCCUCGGACGAGCCCGUCCUUGACCCGGAGCUGGACCUGAACCGGUACCUGGGGAGCGAUCGGAACUGCGCGCUGCCGAAAAGAGACGCGUCGCCGGCGCGGCCGUCGGCGACGACGACGUCGUCCGAUUCGUCGUUGUCCCCGAUGACGGAGACGACAACGACGACGUCGUCCGAUUCGUCGUUGUCCCCGACGGCGGAGACGACGACGGAGACGGAAGCCUUCUUUGCCGACGUGUUGGCGAACCUGGAGGCGUCGCAGGAGUCGCAGGCGCAGCAGCGGAGCAGGCCGACGGAGGACGAGAUGGCGGAGUGGUUCGAGGACCCGAUCACGGGCGAGAUCAUGAGCGACCCGAUCAAGUGCACGGACGGGCGUACGUACGACCGCUGGACUAUUAUCGACCACCAGCUGGUCAAAUGCCCCUACGACGCGAGCAUGGUCGACUUCCGCAUCGCCUUCGACGACAUCGACAUGCGGGCGCGACUCUUCCGCGCCUUCCCCGACAAGGAGCAGGCCUACCGCGCGCGACGCCUGGCGCACCGUCAGACGGCGCUCGACCACGUCCGCCGCGGCGAGCACCGUGACGCGCUCGCCAAGCUCAACCACGUCCUGCAGUGGAACGCGAACGACGAGGAGUGCAAGGCCCAGCGCGACCGCGUGAUGCUCCUGCUCCUGCCCGCGCCCGACGCGCGCCAGCCCGCCUCCGCCUCCGGCGCGACCCCCGCGCCGGCCUCUUCCGGCGCGCGCUCCUCCUUGCGGAGGCGCAUUCGCCGAUGCUCCCUUAUCGGCUGGCUCCUCCGGCUGCGCUCCCGAUGACGUUAGACGGUGAUUGAGGACUCGAGGGGAACUGCAUUCAUGGCAGCGCGAUGAAUCUGAAUCGCAUUGCGAUGGCGCCGCCAGGAGGACGAGACGAAGUGGAGCGAGGCUUGAGCGAGUGGACUUGUUUUGACAUUUACGGGAUUCCUCGUGUGAGCCCUCUUGUACAAAUUCAGAGCCCUGAGGAGUCCCUAGAGCGACGAGUGCUUCAGAUGGAGAGCACGUCGUAGAUAGCCAGCCUUAGAGAUUGAUUGGCCUCGCCGGCAGGGGUAGAUGCUGCAGCAUUCGAAGGGCGGACGAGGAGAAGAGGAGGAGGAGGAUGAGGAGGAGGAAGAAGAUUGGAGGAGAAGAGGAGGAGGUUGGAUGGAUGGGUAGGCAUUGUUUUAUAGAAUGUAAAUAAGUUCGAACAUCCUUCCGGACAGUCAGCCAGUUCAGUUUCUUUCAGCUCAGUUCAGUUCAGCUCUGCUUAGCCCAGCCCAGCCCAGCCUAGGAAGCAGCUCGCUCGCGGGAUGGUGAAGAGAAGCGCGAAUUUUGGCUGCAUGUCGACGGGGAACGCAGCAGCGCGCCAAGCGAGUGAGCGAGCGAUCGAUUGACUUCUGGUGGGAGUGAAAGACGACUGAGUAGGAGUAACUGCUGCGGCUGAGUUUUGAUAGAUUUGGGUCGUGAUGAUACCUUUGUACCGAUGCUUGACUACAUAUGCUGCCCCAGGAAGAGAAGAAGAUUUUGAGUUGCGACGGCAAGCCUUGAAAACAACAACGACAAAAACCAGGGAUACCGAAAGAAAAAAAGCUUAAAAAAAAACAAAAACCUUCUGGAAAAUGGUAGGAUGUAGUACCAUUGUCAUCGCCAUCCCACCGAUGACGAGGGUGGUGGAGGCACGACAAUUUUCUUCUCGACGGAUGAGUAUGUACAUAGAUAGUUAGACGGGUAGAUGCAUAGGUAGACAGCGACAUGCGGUCGCUGUUUUUAACACUGAAAUUGUUCGGAGGGCUAGAAAGUGGAGCGAUGUUGAUUACAAUACCCAGAUGGGAAUUUUCUUGGCCUGGUUGUGUUCCGAGGCUCUCCCUUUCUUGACCACCUCGAUGUGAAGACUAGCAGAACAUAAGGUGAGCAGAGUGCCCGGCGGGAGCUGCAGAAGGAGAGGUGGUCAAGCACUGAUGUGAAAUUUAUGAGUAUGCGACCAAGGAUGGAUCUACUUUGCCGGUCCCCAUGGAAUCACAUCGACAACGGGUCCUUACUAUACUAAUACUUUAUAUGAACUGGCGAAGACCCCAAUCAAUGGCUGGGGUAUACCUGAGAGAUAGAAGAGAUUUCUGUGCGCAAGGAAGAUACUUUAAUCCUAGUUGAAGAUGAAAUUCAUCUAUCACGAGCGAUUCAAUUUGAACUGUCACAUGUUCUAGGUGUUUGAAUAUAUGUGCUAGUCUCAGAGUGACAUAUGGAAAGCGGUUAGAGUUCUGAUCCAUCUCCUCGUGGGUAGAGGAGUGGCUAGAUCCUCGACUCCACGGAGCUGUCUGGUGGAGAUGAGCUUAUGUAUUUUGCACCCAGAAUUCUGUAGAAACUCCCUUCCUAGUCGUAAGAUUGCCCAUUGGGUUGUUCUCUUCGGAGAACGUAACAGCAUCAACGAAUCCACUCACGAACAUAAAAUUUUUAUCAUGUUUCCUCGGGUACUUGAAUUUUCCGUAAACUGCGAUCCUUCUACACGGGGGUGAAUUUCACCAACGAAAGCUCUCUUGCUCUCUCUUGCACGCGAUGCUUGAAAACAGCUACACGCGUCUAUAUAUC